UCGGCACACGCAGCAAGAAUGUCCGCAAGUCGGUAGUUGUCCACGGUACCACUCGACGAAGUGCAGACGGUGGCCGCCGCGGUAAAGUCGGAGGCAGCGGGACCGUGUCGCCGUCGCACACCCCGCCGCGUAUCACCAUCGACCUGCCGUUCGAGGCGCGCGGCGCGGGCCUGGGCGGCAGCGGUGGCGAGGCCGACACCACCACCACCACCAGCCUUGGCCUCGACGGCGUCGGCCGCACACCCUCAUUCACACCUUCGGAGCGACGUGCGCUCGACUCGCAGCGAUACACGCCGGCCGACCUCCGUGCUGCCUGGGACUGGCUCGGCCCUGAGGUCAAAGAACGGGGUGCCGAGACUGUCGGGAUCAUGCUUCCACGCCGGCUGCUCACGAGCAAGGACCGGCAACGCCAGAUUGGCGCACUGUUCGUGCUUGCCCGUCGCCCGCAGCUCGCAGACAAGUUUCCGUCCAUCACGAGCAACUACCCUGCAGUGUCGGGCGAUGCCGCAACGGACGAGUGGAAGAGUCGUCUCAUGCUGGUGGCAAAGGACACGGUCAACCCGGUCGAUAUCGCAGAGGUGCUCAAGGCCAUGCUGAGGCGUCUGGCAGCUACCGACCGUCCGAUCAUCGACCCCGCAGCCUACGUCCGCUUCGUGCAGCAGGAGCACGCCGCGAGCUACCCGCGCAGCUCGUAUGCGUCCAUGCUCCUCCCACAGCUGUCAGACGAGACGAUGGGUCUGCUAGACGCCGUGUUCGAGGUGUGCAACGCUAUUGCCAUGCACGCCGAGACCAACGCCAUGGGUGCCGGUCGUCUCUGCCACCUGUUCGGCUGGUGGCUCAUGGGCGAGGUUCCCGAUGGGACCACGUCUUGGUCCGCCCUGUACGACGGCUACAAGCUCGCUGGCCAGCGUACCGAGCACCUGUUCUACGCACGUAUCCGCUGGCAGAGCACACAGCAAAAGAUGCCCCGCCGCCUCAUUCAGCUCAUCCUUUCAUACCCCUUUGGCGAGUCUAGUGCAUCUGCCGAGCACCUUCCUCUCCCGCCCACGUCCACCUUUUCGCGCAAGGCGCUCCACGUCUCGCUCGGCACCGACACCAGCUUGCCCAUUGGCACCGACCCAGUCAAGGUCCUCGGCGACGCACUGAUCGCCAAGCUAGACGACGAAGUCGAGGCUUCUAGCUGGCUGGCGGUCCGUGACACCCACGUCACGCUCGACGACGUCUUGUCAGACGACUCGCGCGCGUUCCUCGAGGAAGUGUCGCUUGCCAAGGGGCUCGAGUUUGCUUCUCCCCCAACGUCCCCCACGUCCCCCAUUGACGAGGACAAGUACCACCCCUUUGCAGCUGGCGACAGUGACCGUAUUGUCAACUCGAAGUUUUCCCCAUCCCACUCUCGCCGUCGUUCCCAGUCGUAUGGCGAUAUCCCGCGCCUCGACGUACCUGGCGGCGCCAAGGCACCUUCCCUCGACACGGUGCCAGCUGGCGACGGCAGCCCCCGCCGCAGCCAGCUCGUCCGCCAGACUUCUGCAGUGCAGCUCAGCCCGACAAAGGACAAGGCCACCCCGCAGUGGGACGACUUCCUCACCAGCGGCUUUGGUGACUCACCAGACACGGUGCGCGACAUUUCCCUCUCGCUCAACUCGCCCCGCACUACGCUCCGCGACACACACCACAGCUCGCCCACCCCGGGCUCGCCGUUGCGUCUCGGCCCGCCAAAGAAGAUUGUCGUCAAGGGCCCCACCUCCACCUCUCUCUUGGUUGCCGGCGAGCAGAUUGUCGACAUUGACGACGCAUUCAUCCACUUUGUCGAGGACGGCCAGCUCGACCCCGUCGCGUCGUCGUCGUGGCCCCGCUUUGCUCUUGUCCAGCUGUCCAAGCCGGUUCCCGGGACCGACGGCGACGAGGCCAUUGACUGGGUUCUCGUCACCGUCAAGAAGCGCGAGAUCAAGCGUCUUCCCUCGAUCGACGAGCCCUUCCCCGACCUCCGCGCCGACCUCACACGCUCCCUUUCUCCUUCCAACGAGAGCACUGUCUCUCGCCUCUCGCAGUCGUUUGGCUUCCGCGACCUUGCAAACACGUUCCGCCGUUCCAGCAUGUACUCGCGCUCGACGUCCACAUCCCGCAUGUCGUUCCUUAACAAUUCGUACAACGGCAAGGGCGCCGUCAAGUCCGAGUCGCUCUCUGCCGUCGCUGAGCGCGCGGGCCACCGUGGCUCGGGCGCCUCGGAUGCCCCCACAGAGUACACUAUUGGCGAGAUGGGCGAGAUUGUCAAGAUUCCUUCAUCUUUUGAGCUCGCCGGCGGUGCUGCCGCCGCCACCGCCGUCGGCGCGUCUGUUACUUCUCCUUCUUCUUCAGGUCCUACCACUUCCAACGCGGUGAUCACAACCCCAGCCACCGACUGGGUCUACCUUGGCGAGGGCGGUGCGCAUGUCAUCUUCCGCUACCGUGGUGUCGAGCCUUCCCUCCAGGGCCGCGCGGUCCGUCUGCAAAAGAUCGCAAAGGCCGGUGGACCCGACAUUGCCCUCCGCCAGACCUGGGCCGACAGCCUUCUCCCCAAGCUCGUCCCCAACACACUCCAUACUGAAACCACACCCGCCACCGUCGAAGAAAAGUGGAUUCGCGCGCUCGUUACCCCCACCGAGCUGCUGCGUCCCUCCUCACGCCGCGCAGAGGGCUCCCUUAACCAGAUCGUCGACUAUACCCGUCCCGCACAGCUCAUGGACAACCACAUGGCGGCGGUUCCCGGCGAAAAGGUGCUCGCCCUCGAGAUCAAGCCCAAGUGGGGCUUCCUUCCUACCGCCGCCGACGUCACCCCCAACGAGAGCGUCCUCAUCAAGACCUCCAACUGCCGCUACUGCAUCCACCAGCACUACCGCGGCGCGUCCCUCGAGGGCGCCUACUGCCCGCUCGACCUCUACUCGGGUGAGGCUGACCGUGUCCAAAAGGCCCUCGGUGGUCUCUGGGCGGCCUGGCGCUCGUCGGGCGGCGAGAAGAACAACCUCCGCGUCUUUGUCGACGGCAAGCGUAUCCUUCCCUUUGAUGCCAAGGAGAUUCCUUCCAACACUCCCGAACCCGAGGGCACCUACGACUUUGUCGCGCCGCUGCUUGCCUCGUCGGGCGUCCUCUCCACCCUCAAGACGCUGCAGAGUACCCUCGACCACCGCGACAUUUCGUCCCUCUCGCGCGACUUUGCCGCUGCCAACCCUGCCGCCAAGCUCUUUGCGCCCGACCUCGUCCCAGAGCCCUCGGCUGCCGAGCUGACCGAGUUUGUCACCGUCUACAAGGCAGGCGACGGCGCUUCCAAGUGGACUCUGCGCCAGCAGGAGAUUGCAUACGCCCUGUCGGCCAUCUUCAAGGACUGCAGCAUCAUUGUCCGUGCCGUCCUCGCCAAGGACACCGAGGGCAACUUCACCGUCGACGAGGCCAAGUCGAGCGUCAAGCUCAUCGACACCGACCUCAAGCCCCUCGCGUCGCUGGGCCACUGGGCCGAGCUCGACGACAAGCUCUGGCGCCACUGGUCCGCCACCAACGGCGAGGGCGUCGUCGUCAUUGACAGCGACGACAUGCGUCCCGUUGCUGCCGUCUCGCGUGCCGCCGCUCCUGGAACACCCGGCAAGACGGCAGCCACCACAGCCGCCGCGGCCGCAGUCACCACUCUCGCCGCCGCUGCAGCUGCUACAAUGGCAAUCCUGACCGAGGAGCGUGCCAACACCGAGCGUGCCAACACCAUCCCUGAAGUCGAGGACGCCACCUCUGCGCUCGCCAAGGUCGCUGAGAACGCGCCGGAAAAGUCACAGAUCCACCUGCCCCUGGAGGUUGCGUCGGCUGAUGUUCCUGCCGAGCCAGACCACACCCCGAUGGUCGAGGAGGUGCCCGUCGUUGAGGCUGCCGUCGUUGAGACAACCAUCGAACAGACUCCUGAGGAGCCCAAGGUCGUUUCUGCGCCGAUUGAGGCCGCCCCCACUGCUGAGACCCCGGCUGUGGAGCUCGAGCCUACCCCUAGUACUCCCCUCGACGCUCAGGCCAAGGAGCUCGCGCCCGAGACGAUUGUCGAGACCAAGGAGCCUCCCAUCGAGAUUCCAACUGCCGAGCCAGUUGUUGAGACCAAGGAAGCGCCUGUCGAGAGCCCCUCGGUGCCUGAGCCCGAGCCAGUUGUCGGCGAAGCGGCUGCCAUCGCUGGCGCCGGUGUUCUGGCUGCAGCUGGCGCCGUCGCCCUCACCCGCACAGUCACCCCCAGCGCCGAGGCCGAGCUCACGCGCGCUGCGCCGGUCUCGCCUCCACCCGUCCGCCCCAGCUUUGACGGUGCCAACGUUCGCCCGUCGUUUGACUUUGAGCGUCGCAACAGCAACAACAACCCCAACUCGUCUUCGGUCCAGUCGCGCGUCAGGGCCGUCAUCGCGUCCAUCGAGAACAAGGACACGGACCGCCGCCCCCUGUCCCCGACCAACGGCCUCGCCGAGAAGCGCUCCUCGGGCAUCGCCAUUCCCAAGAGGCGCGAGAGCGGCGGCGGCAAUGGUGUCGCCGGCGGCUUUGGCGGUUUCCUCCGCAAGGCAUCGCUGUCCUUCAAGGACAAGGAGGUCAAGGAGGUCAAGCAGGAGGAGGCUGUUGCUCCUUUGGCUCCUUCCAAGCCCAUCUCCAAGCUGUUUGGCAAGAAGGACGCGGUCGUGGCUGCUGGCGCCGGCGUCGUUGCCGCUGCUACUACUGCUGCGGUUGUGAUCAGCUCCGACAAGAAGGAGCCCGAGCCCGAGGCCGAGGCCGCCCCGGUCGAAGUCUCCAAGGCCAUCGAGACACCUGCCGUGGUCGACAUUCCUGCCGAGAACAAGUCUGACGACUCCAAGGCCAUCGAGACGCCCGCUGUUGUCGACAUUCCGGCCGAGGACAAGCCUGUCGAAGUUGUCGACACCCCAGCUGUCGCCGACAUCCCCGCUGAGGUUCCCAAGGCUCAGGACGUCGAGCCCAGCGUCGAACCCAGUGUCGAGCCCGUUCAGGAGGCCGAUGCUGUGGCUAUUGUCGACAGCGCCGUGGAGACUACCCCAGAGGUCCAGGAGGACGUUGCCGAGCCCAUCCAGGUCGAGGCUCCCGCAGCUGUCAGCGUGCCCGCUGAGACUUCUCCCGAAGUUCAAGAGGAGGUUACCGAGCCUGUUCACGACGAAACCCCGGCCACUGUCGACAUUCCGGCCACUCGCGAGGUCGACAGCAACGACGACGUCCCUGCCGCCGUCACCGAGGAGGUUGCUGCUUCCGAGGGGCCUUCCCCCGUCGCCGAAAUUGCUCCCAUCGCUCUCGGCGCUCUUGCAGUUGGCGGUAUCGCUGCCGCUGCGUCUGUCGCCGCCCAUGAAGACACGACUCCGGCGCCCGAGCACGUCGACAUCACGGCCGACGAGCCCACCCCAGAGAUCGAGACCGAGCAGCUCGUCCACGACCCUGUGCCCGAGGCUGUUCUCUCGCAGCCGUCUCCCGUGGCUGAGACGAUUGAAGUCUCAGAGGAACCCAUCGAGGAGUCAGCGCCAAUUGAGCAGAUCGCCGAGGAGGCCCAGCCCGCCGAGCAGCUCACGGAGGUUCCCGCCGAGCACGCUGUUGAGGUUCCCGCGUCUCCUGUGCCUGUUCAGGAGUCCAUCGAGGAGCCCACUGUCGAGGAGCCCGUUGUCCAGGAGCUCGCUGUUGAGGAGCCCGCUGUCCAGGAGCUCGCUGUCGAGGAGCCUGCUUUCCACGAGCUCGCUAUCCAGGAGCCCGCCGCCAAGGAGAUCGCCGCCGAGGAGAUUCCCGUCGAGCAGCCUACCCUCGAGGAGGCCCCCAUCGAGGAGACCGCCGUCGAGGAGAGCCCUAUCUCUGAGACCAUUGACGAGCCUGUUGUUUCUUCAGAGCCUGUCCCCUCGCCCGUCCUCUCGCCUGUUCCCUCGCCGUCCAAGCUCUCGCUCCGCCGCCGCAGCGCCGCCGAAGAGGUCGAGGAGCCCAAGAAGGUCGAGGCUACCCCUGUGUACGCCGCCGGCGCCGCUGCCCUCAUCGCGUCUGCCGGUCUUGCUGCUCAGGCGGCCGCUCGUGCCAAGGACCGCAGGUCGUCGGCUCAGUUCUCCAGGCGCGUCUCGCAGCAGAUUGAGCAGCCCGUUGAGACAGUCGAGCAGCCCGUCGAGGCCGUCGAGCAGCCCCCCCAGGAGCAGGUUGUCGAGCAGGCUUCGGCCCCAGUCGAGCCCGAGAACGAGGUUCAGGCCACCGAGCCGGCCCCCGAGGCCGCCGCUGCGCCUCCUUCGCUCGCCGGCCUGGGCCUUGGUAUCACAGCCGGUGACGACGUUGCGCCCGUCGUCGACCUCACUGAGGACAUCCCUCAGCCUCCUGUCACCACCCAGCAGGACCUCUCCAGCAAUGUUGAGCCUGCGUCAGGUACCCCUGCCUCGAUCGACGCACCGCGUACACCUGCCACGCUCGACCUCGCCAGCGGCUCGGAGCGCUCCUUCUACGAGCCUAUCCCCGUUCCUCCGACGCCAAGUGUUCAGCCUCCCUCGCCCGUGACCGUCUUUGGUAGCCCCACUGCCUCUGAACGUGAUGGCAUGCCGGCCCCCGUCCAGGGCUUCUCUGCUGUCACUCCAGAGUUUACUGCGCCCAGCCGCUUUUCGGUUGUCGACUCUUCGUCACUUGAAAAGGUUGACGAGGAGACUCCCCUUGACUCGUCGUCGACUGGUCUCACCGCGGCCGCGGCUCUUGCGGGCGUUGCUGUUGCUGGCGUUGCCGGUGUGGCGGCCUUGGCCAACGAGGCCAACGACUCUGACGCCUCUUCGUUGCCUUCGCGCAGCGACUCGCGUCUCAAGCGCUCAACUGCUCCUUCACCUUCGCCUCACCUGUCGGGCCCUGCGGCCGGUGACGAUCUCGAGGUCGAGGUGGCUGUGCGCGACCCUUCAAUCAGCGCUGUCUCCCCCAUGCCGCGCGACGCUCCCCUUCCCGAGCAUGUGGAGCUCUACCAGAACGCCGUCCUGCCACCACUUCCCAGCACGACAAGCGAGCAGGACCUGGUUGCUUCUUCGGAGGCGCUCCUUUCGCCGCCCGAUGUCGAGGCCCCGGCCUCGGACAUUUCGGAAGUGGCGUCGCAGGCCAGCUCGCCCGAGGUCGACCCGACCACUUUUGCGACCGCACCAGACACCCCCUUUGAGCUUUCUGAGCACGGACAUGGUGACCAGACGCCCUACGAGGACGAGACUCCCACGCUCGAGCUCGGUUCCUUGCAGCAGCGCUUGGCUGACAGCCCUCCCCGCCCUGGUCCCAUGGAUCUGCGCAGCGACCACCGCAACUCUGUUCAGAGCGUCGUGGAAAACUACCGCAGCAGCGUCCACACUUUUGGAGGCACCCCCGCCGAGGCUGCCUGGCUCAACUCUGGGCUCAAGAGCGAGAAGACAUCCUCGUCGCUCGCAACCGACCCUUCUUCCUUUGACGACCUCCGGAUUGAGACCGCCGCGCUUCCCACAAGCAUGUCUGGUCUCUCGUCCGUGGCCCUCCAGUCCAUGACCUCCUUGCCUCCCCUCAACGAGGACCCCGAUCAGACUCUGCCGGCUAUCGAGUCAUCGACCAUUCUCGAGCGUGACGACGACAGCAGCAACGACCUCAAGGAAUAA